AUGGAGGAGGAGAUCGCCCUUCCUCGCAGCUGCCUGUCGGCCCCCGGGAGCCCCAGCGGGCCCAGCCGCAUCCCGGGCCCCUCACGGCGGCGGGACGGCGCCCUGGCUGUGGCUGCCCCCACCAAGCGGAGCUGCCUCUCGGUCACGCUGCGCCGGGCGGCCGCGGGCGGCGGGGGGCUGCCGUGGGAGCGGCUGCGGGGCCCGGCCCCGGUCACCCCAAUCCCUCCGCGGCUCCGGCCUGUGGCGGCCGAGGGGCCCCAGCUACACGGCAGCUCUGACGGGUCCGAGGCCACGCCGGUGGCGAAGAUGGGGGUGUCCUACGCCCCACCACGCUCCGGACCAGUGGACAGCAAAAACGAAGCAGCCAUGUCUGAGCUGGUCCCAGAGCCACGACAAAAACCAGUCGUACCAAUGAAGCCCAUGGGCAUCAACACCAGCUUGCUGGGCUACAUCGGUAUUGACACCAUAAUUGAGCAGAUGCGCAAGAAAACCAUGAAGACAGGUUUCGACUUCAACAUCAUGGUUGUAGGUCAGAGCGGAUUGGGAAAGUCAACACUGGUAAACACCCUCUUCAAAUCCCAGGUGAGCCGCAAAUCUUCAGGCUGGAACCGGGAGGAGAAGAUCCCCAAGACAGUGGAGAUCAAAGCCAUUGGGCAUGUCAUUGAAGAAGGUGGUGUCAAAAUGAAGCUGACAGUGAUUGACACACCAGGAUUUGGGGACCAGAUCAACAAUGAGAACUGCUGGGAACCUAUUGAGAAAUACAUCAAUGAGCAAUAUGAAAAGUUUUUGAAAGAGGAGGUGAAUAUUGCAAGGAAGAAGCGAAUUCCAGACACGCGCGUGCACUGCUGCCUCUACUUCAUCUCCCCUACGGGGCACUCCUUGCGGCCUUUGGACCUGGAGUUCAUGAAACAUCUCAGCAAGGUAGUGAACAUCAUCCCAGUUAUUGCUAAGGCUGACACCAUGACCUUGGAGGAGAAGACCGAAUUCAAACAAAGAGUGCGCAAGGAACUAGAAGUAAAUGGGAUCGAGUUUUAUCCCCAGAAAGAAUUUGAUGAGGACUUGGAGGAUAAAACAGAGAACGACAAAAUCAGGCAGGAAAGCAUGCCCUUUGCAGUAGUGGGCAGUGACAAGGAGUACCAAGUGAAUGGCAAAAGAGUCCUGGGCAGGAAAACACCUUGGGGAAUCAUUGAAGUGGAAAACCUCAAUCACUGUGAAUUUGCCCUACUUCGAGAUUUUGUCAUAAGGACCCACCUUCAGGACCUAAAAGAAGUGACCCACAACAUCCACUAUGAGACCUACAGGGCCAAACGGCUGAAUGACAACGGAGGGCUGCCCCCCAUGGCUGCGGAGACCGAGGAAAACCACGAAAGUAACCUGUGAAAGACCCUCCCCCUCCACGGUCACCCGGUGACUCUGGCUAGACCACCCACCCCUGCUACCCCUGACUCAGCCACAGGCCUGUCUCUGCAGCAUGUGGCACCUCCUCGGUGGGAGUGAGAGGAUGCAAGUGUGAGUGCGUGCGGGCAUGCGUGUGCCUCCCUGUGUGCCGGACAGGGACGGGCAUCUCCCCCGUCCUUCCCAGAGUGUCCCCAUCCUCGGUUUGUUUGUGCACAGUGGACUGUCCCUCAGCUUCCCUGCUCUCCUUUCUGUGUCUCAGCUGUGUAUCGUGCCUGGGGGAAAUAGUGUUGGGGGGGAAGGAUUUCUAGGGGCAUGGAUUUUGGAGGGGGGAGGUGUGGGGCAUGCUGUAGUCCGGUUUUUAUCACUUGGACACAAGGCAAGGAGAGACUCUGGGAGAGAUGGUGGAGUCAAUGCAUGCAUGUUUCAAGAGAUGUCAGCAGAGAUUUCUCUUGGAUAUUCCAUGGAUGUAAAGGCAGCUGGUUGGUCUGAGGGCAUGGUGGCCUGGCAUUUAAUCCCCUUUUCUUUCUGUGGCUUCCCAAGGGGAAAUGGCUGCUUGGAACAGGGUAGAUGAGAGAAGAUGGGCCCAUUUUGCGGUUCAGAGCAAGUGACUGGUGGGAGGAGACAGAAUUAGUUCUUGGCCUGUAUCAUCUGUUUGAGAAGCAUCAAAGUACUUGGGGAAAAUGGAUAUAUUUUCCAAAAGAAGCAAAACCCAGGGGGAAGGAAUGUGAUUCUGCUGCAGAGGGUGCAUUUACCUUGCCCAGCACAAAGGUCAAAAGCCAUGCUUGUGUCACAGGCAUUCAACUCUGUGCAGAUCAGACCAAUCUGUCCUGGGAUCACCCCAGCUCAAGGAGUCACCCCAUGCCCCUGCUGCAGUGGUCUCUCUCCACCAGCACUGAGCAGGUCCUGGCCAAACCCUUCCCCACAAGAUGGCCCCUCUGCUGUGGAGAACAGGGAAGACAGUGCCACAGGGGGUCCCUGCUGGGACCUCUCCCAGGGACAGCUCCACUUGGCAUAGCACCUUGGGGAUCUUGGAGGAGCACAAACAGCCAUGGAUUGAGAAGCACUGGGCCAGGGUGGGGACACAAGAGAUACCUCUUCCCCAUUUUCCUCAUGGAAAUGGCUGCAUUUGCUACUGUAGCAGUGCUGUUCCUCUGCUCUCUUACGGUCCCAUGUCCUCCUCCACUCCUGUGCUUUUGACCUCAUUCCCUUUUAGCCUUCCAUAGCUUUCGUCCUUCCUUUCUUUCCCUGUCUCACUUUCUCUGUUUUUUAUCCUUAAGUCUCUCCUUCAUUUCUCCAAGUACUUGAAUAUUCCUCUUCUCCAGGCUGUUUCCUCCCUCUCCCAAGCUCUCACACCUUCUUAACAAUGUGCUUUUGUGUCCUGUGGAGAAGCUGUUGUUUUACCUUUCCCUGGAGGGGAUGGGGAGGGAAGGUAAAGACCUGUGAGCAGAAAGAGGCACAGCUUCACUGGAGACCAUAUGCUUGUGUCUAGCUGGUGUGUCAGCCGUUUUCUGGGUGUCCCUGGGCAAGAUCAAAAGUGUCAGGGCUGACUGGGCAGAAGGAAGGAGGGGAGAAGACCAGAGAUGUCCUGAGGUUGGCAGUGUCUCCCUGUCUCUGCCUGUCACGUGGCUGGCAGGGGCUGUCCCGUCCAGGAGAGUUGUGCCUGGCACCCAGCAAGGGGAAGUGUGGGGGCUUGGCACGGGGGUUGGAAAGGCUGGCACUGGAGGGAGGAGGAAGAAAACAGCAAAUGAGCAGCAGAGGUGGACUCCAGUCAAACCUGAUGUUGGUUGACGGAGCUGUAUGGGGGCCAGGGCUGGCAACAGGGUUCUCCAAGCCUUAGCAAAACUGUCAGGAGCGUAUGUCCAUCUUGUGGCUUUCUCUGGUGCUGUCACUGCAGAGCAGAGGUUCUCUUCACUCUCACUG